AGGAAACCGGGACAUCACCGUGGCUAUGGAGCUUCGAGGCUAUGCCUUGCUCCCGCUGCACGCCGCGCCUCGCUCGCGCGCGCUUGGCUCCCUUACACCGGGAUGAGGACAAGCACACACUCUUGUCACGUUUGUUGUAAUUCGGUGUUGUUCUCGUUUAAGGAGCUGCGAAUCAGGGAGAAUGAAGGUUGGCAUGGCUGGUGAAGGUGUCUGGGAUGGUGGGGAAGAGGGCUCUUAGUGCAUCGAGAAAAUUGGGGAGAGGACGAAGGCUAGGAGGAGGAGGAGGAAGAAGAAGAAGAAGAAGAGGAGGACGAGGAGGAUUGCUGCAGGGGCUACAGAGAUGGUCCUGGUCGGGAGUGCGUCUCGAACCGGCCGGGGGGCCACCAUGUCGGGUUCUUCUACCGAUGAUAAUCCGCCUGCGCGUCCGCGUCACCGAAAUGUACGAGGUGGAGGAGGUGGUGGUGCAGAGUCCGAAGGCUCUGAGGAUGAAGUCACGGAGAGAGGGAGCGAGAUGUGCCAAAUUGGCAGUGAUACAUGUACCGUGCCGUCGCAGUUGUUUGAUCUUCCGAGCUUGAAAGGCGUGCUUUCGCUAAAUACGUGGAAUUAUUGCUUAACAGAGGAGGAGCGAGAGUCACUUGCAUUGCACCUCCCACCUAUCGAAGAUGAAGACACUUUUAAAGACACCAUCCGGGACUUGCUGGGAGGAGAAAUCUUUCACUUCACUAGUCCGAUAGAUGAUCUUUUUGAGAGAUUGAAAGGAGGCUUAUGUCAUCCGCGUGUUUCACGGUAUCGGGAGGGUCUAAAAUACUUGCAGCGAAAGGAGCAUUAUCACUUAUUGAGACAUUAUCAUAAUCACUUUGUCAGUCUCUUUGUUGAGAUGCAAAAGCAAUGGGAAAACUGUCCUGAUGCAGAUAUUGAUGAGAGGUUAGAAAUUUGGGAUAGGUUUCAAACACAACCACUUCCUCUGCCUAAACCUAAACGUGUGGUCCGUAAGCCUGGAACUGUCAGAAGGGUCAAGGCCAGCGUUGAGGUUGGUUCUCAGAGAAGGAUUCCAGACGUGAGUCUGAGGAUGAACGGUAUCGAGCCGCCAAGAAAAGAAAUGCCUGUGAUAAAGGGCAGAAGUGAGGUAGGAAUGGUGGCACUCUCGAAGAAAACACCAGGUGUCGUGGAGCCAGCUGCUGGGUCAAAGGGAGUGCUUAAGAUGAAGUCAUUAAUGAAGGAUCGCUCAGAAGGUCCUUCGGAGAGAAUAUUUGACAUUGACAAGGCGGAUAGAGUGGAGCAGGAAGAACCUAUGCGGGUCCUUAAACCCAGACCAAAAGGAGUAUUGAAGCUGAUGCCUGAGGGUAAGCAGGCAUGGAGGGAAACUUCAUCUGUUGCCGCGAAAGGAAAGUCGCCAGUGUCUGAAAUCUACAGGGAAGAAGUGAAUGACGUGGUAGCGCAUGAAUACGAGGAAGAGCCUUUCCUGCCUUAUGCAACAGAGGUAUUUACCUCUCCUCUGCAACUCUAUGCCCCGCCACAUGAAACCCCUGUUGAGAAGAAAAUGAAACACAAGUUACCAGGUGAAAAAAAACGCAAAAUGACAGAUUCUGGAGGCGGGACCACAGAAGGCGAAGCAAUCGUGAAGAAAAAUAAGAAGAUCCAAGCACGGGAGGUGAAGGAGCAGCAUGCGCUUUCAGGAAUGCCCGAAACGCUUGCAGACAUAUUAUCACCUUUUGAGGAUGCUAAGCCAUCCGUGGAGAAAAGCAAGAGAUUGGGAGAACUGAAGAAGAAUGUUUAUCGGAAGAAAAGAAUAGAUGAGAUUACUAAAGAGCCAGAAGUAAUUGUUGUAGAGGAGAAUCGGGCUGUAGAAGAUGAUUUCAGGCCUAGCGAUGAAGUUGAUGAGAAGGUUUACCAUCUUCCUCUGGAAGAAGAUGAAGUUGACCAGGUCAAGGAAGAGGUAGGAGUUAAACCGAAAAGGAGGACUAAGAAGAAGCCCAAGGCGGAUGUGUUGAUGGAUUCACCUGGGGUGUCGUCCCCUCAUGCUGGCUCCCCUCCUGAGAAGACUCCUGAAAGUGCCUCUAAAUCAUCAAAGAAACCUGCCUCUUUGGCCAUCCCUACACUUGCUUCCACAUUCCCUUUCUCCAUUAUGCACUUGCUGUCAGCUGUACGCACGGCGUUGAUCGCAAAUUGUGUGGAUGGAACAUCUGAAUCUCAUGACCAAUACAAGAGAACACCCUAUGCCCUUGAAAUAUUAGAUUUUACCCUUCCGUGUGCUACGUCUGAGGGAAGCAUGAUAGGUCACAGUGAUCAAGCUGCCGGAGCUUCGGGUUUGAAGAUGGCAAAAAGUAAGGACGGAGACAGCGAACAAACACCUCACUUAUUUCGUGGAGUGCCACUCAACGAGCUCGUGAGAAGAGUGCAUGACAAUCCUGGUGAUCAUCGGAUUUUAGAUGCAGUGGAGCCUUAACAGGAUCUUGUGCGAGGAGAUCUUAAAAUAAUGGGAAGCAAAGUAGCACCCGCAGGUACGAAAGGAUGGAAGCCUUUGGUUUGUUUCCACAAAGGAUCGAGGAUAUGGUCGUGGAUCGGACCGCCUCCAAUUCCUGUAGCUUCAACUUCCUCGCAGAUCGAUAAACUUCCUCUUCCACCUCCUCCACUCAUGCCUGUGCCUGCUGACGAGAAGGAGCGUUUUCGAGAACUUGGAGCUCAAAAGAGUUUCAUGACAAUUGCACCUAGUUCGGUGGAUAUGCGAACUUACUUUCGCCGACAGGAGCUACUUCGAUAUUCUCUACCUGAUCGGACUUUUGCUUAUACGACAGCAGAUGGAGGUAAAUCUGUUGUCGCCCCACUAAGAAGAGGAGGUGGGAAACCUUCCUCUAAGGCAAGGGAUCACUUCAUGCUCAAGCCGGACAGACCGUCCCACGUGACGAUUUUGUGUCUAGUGAGGGAUGCAGCAGCUCGUCUACCUGGAAGUAUUGGCACUCGUGCCGAUGUUUGUGCUCUUAUUCGUGACUCACAGUUUAUUAUGGAGGAUGCGUCAGAUGCUCAGGUGAAUCAGAUAGUAAGUGGAGCACUUGACCGGUUGCAUUAUGAGCGAGACCCAUGUGUUCGAUUUGAUGGUGAUCGCAAGCUGUGGG